CCGUUGCCGCUGCUGCUGCUUUCGCCGAGCUCUUUAGUGAAUCCAGUCGGUAACCUCAGCGGCCGCCGCCUGCGGGAGAGCUCGUCCCUCUGGGAGUGAGGCGGUGCCCGUACACGGGAGCAGAGCUGUUUGCUGAAUUAAUGGGGUAUUUUGCCCUUCUAGUCUAAUGGAGACAUGCGAUCAGGAUCCAUCCGACGCAGCUCAGGGAACCAUGGAGGUGAAUGUAGAUUAUUUACAGCAGCUUAAAGAUCUGGAUAUACCUGAAGAAGAAGCAAAGAAGGCUCUUAUUCUAACUGGAAAUGUGUCUGCGGAAGAGGCUGCAAUAUUUUACUUUGACAGCUUAGAGAGCCAGAAUCAGGAAGUAGAUGAAGAUAACCUUUAUUACAAGAUGGUAUUUGUGGUGAAUAUGGAGCUCUCCAUGGGGGUGGGAAAGAUUGCUGCCCAGGUGGGGCAUGGAGCCGUCGGGUUAUAUCAACUCUUGUUAAAGGAGGCCAAGACCAGGGAGAUGGCCUAUAAAUGGGAGGAGUAUGGGGCUAAAAAGGUUGUACUUCAGGGUUCUAGUACAGCUCACCUAAUGGAGUUACAAGCUCUGGCGAUAAGUAUGGAUCUACCCACGUACCUGGUGCAGGAUGCUGGCAGGACCCAGAUUGCAGCUGGGUCGCAUACGAUCCUUGCCGUCAUGGGGGAAGAAGAAAUUGUGAAUAAGGUGACCGGCAAACUGAAGUUGCUGAACUAAGAGACAGCACGACAAGCGGAGAGCAGCCCCUGUGCUGGUGAGAGGGAAGGCUGUUGUGGUGACCCUAACCAAAGCGCUAGUCUGCGCAGAGAAGGAGAACGCGGCGGGACUCGUCUCGUAUGUGCCGUACUGACAAGUAACGCUCUGCAUCCAUCGCCACUCACAAAAUGGAGAUACUGUGUCUUAGGGCACAUUCAAAACAUUAGCAGUGUAUCUACGUAGCCAAAUAUGCUAUUAAAGAUCACUAGUAGGAUACUGAUUAGGCAGAUAAAGUACUGUAUAUGGAAAUUCGCGAGUUUAGAGCUUUACAUUUUAAAGGACCCAAAACAGAUCUGACUAGUAUUAUGUUUGGUGUUAGUGGUAAUUUAAUCCCGAAUAGCCUCAAAGGAGAAUUCCUGCAAUUAGCUAAAUUCCACCACAUAUACAGUUUAAGCGUAUGCAAUAUACAACCGUCUGCCAAACAGCAGCAGACGAGCAGUAUUCCUUUACCUUGUUUAUUAUCGUAGUUGUUGUGGUUACAAUGUACUUAGUAACUAGCCACUUCCUCGUUUUAUAUUGUGCCAUUAUAUCUGAUGUUCCACGUCCUUAUAAAUAUUUAUGACCCCUACCUUCCUACCCUAAUACAGACCUGUACCAGUGUCUAUUCUCCAUGUGAUUGGCCUAUCAAGAUGCCCAGAUUAGCAAUGUACGUUUGAGAUUGCAAAUGAGCUCAUUGAGAUUUGUGCAAAGUUGCUGGUCCCAGGUAUGUGUAGAAAUCUCAUGCGCAUUGGACAAAUACUUCCUAAGUGGAAUCAUGUUAUACAAAUACUUUUUCUGACCAGUUCCCGAAACGUACGUAUUUGUCAUUAUUGCUGUUUCCUGUACAUAUAAAGCAAACGUCACUUAAAUAGCUUCCAUCUAAGUAUAGUGUUGCUGUUGAACUUUCCUUUCCAGUUUAUUGGUGGUUAUAAUGAAUCGGUAAGCGCAGUUUAUUCUACAGGCAAUGCCCGUUCUGCUUUCGUCCAUUCACAGAUAACAAGCACCGAUCUGUCAGUGACUCCCUUUAAAUCACUGUAAGUUUGCUCAUUGAAUAAACUCUGUUGUAACUGGAUGUUUUGUAUAGUAACGCAAAAUUGAUGUAAAGGUGAAUUCCUCAGCAUUUUGAGUAAAUUGUUUCCUAUUAAA